AUGCAGACUGACGCUGCUACGACGCUGGAGACCGUGACGCUGAACGGCUCCACGACCGGCCUGCCAGCUCUGGGGUUCAAUAUCGCACGCCACAAUAUCGGUGGCUCUGCGAACAACGUUGUCGACGAUAGCGGAACCGAGGUGCCGAUGAAGACGUCGGACAAAAUGCCAGGGUUCAAGUUCAUGGAGGCGUUUUGGCUGGAUUGGAUGAGCAAGGACCCAACCAGCACGAGCUGGAACCGGGACACGCAAAAGGAUGUUUUGGUGAAGCUGCGUUCGCAGCUGGACACUCUUGGACUGAAAGAUGUGACCAUUUCAUCAUCGGACGAAAACUCGCCCUCAUUGGCACUUUCGGCGCUCGCCUCCAUGUCGUCGGAUACGGACGUGAUGGCAGCGAUCGGAAAGGUGAACACGCACGGCAAUGACGGUCAAAGCCUGUAUCGCGGAACUGACCGAGAGCCCUUGAAAAAAACUGGUGACCCAGUCAAACAAAAAACUCUGGGAUUCGGAGUAUGGAUCGCUCUUGACAUCAACCAGAUGGGUGUAUCGGCUUUCGUUUACUGGCAGACACUCGACAGUGGCGCUUGGGGCCUCGUUGAAUCCAACCCAGGCGAUAACUGGAUCGGCACGCCCAACUCCAAGUACUACGUGCUAGCGCAGUACUCGCGCCACAUUCGGCCAGGCAUGACCAUCUUGUCAACGGAUAACACCAACACCGUCAUGGCGUUUGACUCGACUUCAAAAGUGUUGGUCACCUGUGACCUUUCGAGCUUCAAGGCGGUGGCGGGCCCGAUCACUGCUUGGACGACAGAGACAAGUGGCACUGGCGUGCUGUACGAGUCUUCGAAGGUCGACUUGUCGGGCACGUCGUUCAGCGCGUCCAUCCCGGCAGCGUCGGUGAUGACGUUCGAGGCCCAGGGUGUUGCCGUUUGA